AUGUCGAAAGGUCGAUUUCUUAAACCAUUACAAGAAUUCUUGACUUCCAAAUCCGAUUUCUCCAUUAUAUACAACACUUCCACAACCGGUUCCACCUCAUCAUUCAUUAAUCCUACAACUCAACGUGUAUGUAUAUUAGAUUCUUCAUUUAACCCUCCUCAUUUGGGCCAUUAUGCAUUAAUUGAAGAAAGUUUAACGAAAAAUUAUGAUAAUAUACCAAUUACCAAUAAAGUAGUCUUACUUUUAUUAUCAGUUAAAAAUGCCGAUAAACUUCAUCCCAAACCAGAAUCAUUUGAUAAACGAUUGGAUAUGAUGUAUUUAAUGGCUAAUGAUUUAUCGAAAAAAUAUCCCGUUAAUAUUGCUAUUGGUCUUACUAAUCAUGCUAAAUUUGUUGAUAAAUCCUUAUCAGUAUUAAACUAUAUAAAAGAGACUCAAAAUCACCAUCAAGAAAGAAACCUUAUCAAGUUGACAUUUUUGGUUGGAUUUGAUACUUUGAUACGAAUUUUCGAUCCCAAAUAUUAUUUACCCGAUAAAUUAUCUAAUAGUUUAGAAAAUUUUAUGAAAAAUACUGAUUUAUUUUGUUUAACAAGAUUAGAUAAUUCAUUUAGUCAAUUGGAACAAUCAAAAUAUAUUGAUGAUAUUAAACGUGGUGAUCAUGAAGAAAUCCCAUCUCAUUGGUCUGAUAAUAUUUAUUUAUUACCACCAAAAAAAGAAAUUGAAAUCAACCAAAGAGGAGGAGAGAUAAACCAAGAAAUCGAUGUUGCUACUAUUAGUUCUUCAUCAAUUAGAAAACAAAUUGAAAUUGGUGAUCACCCCGAUGGGAAAACUUGGAAAUCACAAGUAUUACCUGAUAUUGCAAAUUAUAUUAUUAAAGAAGAUUUAUAUAAGCAAUCAUAA